AUGCACAAGACGAAUUUAGUAGCAGCAGCUGAAGUGUGUGAUCACAACCACAAAAGAAUCCAAAUUGACAGAUGUGUUAAUGAUAGUGCCAAUUGUGGUUUACAGAAGGGAUCAAUAUAUUGUGCAACUUGCUUGGGGCGUGAAUAUGGUACUGAUAUUAUUUAUGUUGAGAAGUGCGAUCUACUUGCAGAAAAUGAAAAUGGAAAUACUGUAUCAUCUUUAGCAUGCUACAAAACUGAAUCACUUGAUAUAAUUAAAGAAUUAUUGGAACGAGGCGCUUCUGUGCAUACUAUUAACAAUUACAAUGAGAAUUUGACUGCAUUAUGGUAUGCAAGAUGGAGUAAUAACAAUGAUAUAGUAAAUGAACUUUUAAAAGCUGGUGCAAAGAAUAUUGUACCUAGUGCAUUAGAUGCAGUGUUAUUAAAUGAUAUCGAUGCAUUGAUAGAAGCUAUAGACAAAAGUUGCGAUUUAAAUGAAACAGACUCCAGUGGCGAUACUGCUUUACAUAAUGCAGUACAAAUGGGAUAUAAUGAAAUGCUUAUAUUGUUAUUGGAUGCAGGUUGUUCAGUGAAUAUUCAAAAUUCUUGUGGAGAUACCGCAUUACAUUUGGCUUGCGUACCCGGUACUUCAUCAGAAAUUAUAGAAAUGUUAGUGAGAGCUGAUAAAGAUAUUGUUGAUAUGUAA